AUGAUGAUAGGACACUGUGUUGUGAUUGGUCCAAACUCGAAGAUUCGCUCUGCUGUGACCAGUCUGGUGGAUGUAGCCAUGAGAAUACCCGUACUUUUACUUGCAUUUCUAGUUCCUUUUUCUUCUUGCUUUUACAUCCCUGGUUUAUCACCAGUUGAGUACGGUGUGGGAGAUGCUAUAAGUGUCAAGGCUGUUAAAGUUUGGAGUUCUGAUACGCAACUACCGAUUGACUUCUAUGAUUAUUUAUCUUUUUGUGAUCUUGAAGGAAAGCGUGUUUAUGAGAACCUUAACAUUGGAGAAGUUCUGCGUGGCGAUCGUGUUGUCGAGGCUCCAUUCAAUAUUAACAUGCUAACAAAUGUUAGGUGCAAGCAAGCGUGUCAUACAGUGUCAACUUCGUCCAAGAAGAUUGAUGCUCUAAUUCACCUCAUUGAUAACGAAUACAUUGUUAAUAUCUUUGAUAGUGAUGUGGACGAUCUUCCUGUGGCUGUAGAGCGUUCUACGGAAUCUCAGAACCAAUAUGAAAUUGGCUAUCGAAUUGGAUUUAAAAAAGGAAAUGAAGUAUACUUAAACAAUCAUUUGAAGUUUUUGGUGAAAUAUCACGAAGUGAACGGUCGUUAUCGUAUUGUUGGUGUAACCAUCGAACCCAUGAGUAUUCGAAGUGAGGAUGUCAUUCAAAAUAAAGACGGGACGUGUGGCAUAGUGAAUGGAGAACGGGCUCCUUUGACCCUUAGACCGGGCACAUCAGCGGAUUUCAGCUUCACCUAUGAGGUUGAAUGGGUGAGCUCGGACACCGAAUGGGCUUCACGUUGGGAUAUCUACCUCAACACAAGCGAUGGCCAAAUUCACUGGUUUUCAAUAAUAAACUCUAUCAUCAUAAUCAUUUUCCUCACUGCUGUUAUGUCUGUCAUAUUACUGAAAACUCUCCGACGUGACAUUGCCUCAUACAACAGAGAGGAGGACUCUGAGGAGAUCAUUGAGGAAUCGGGGUGGAAGCUAGUACAUGGUGAUGUCUUUAGACCUCCAAGGCGUAGUGCAUUGCUGGCAGCUUUUGUCGGUUCGGGUGUCCAACUUCUUUGCAUGACACUUAUCGUCCUCUUCUUUGCAAUGCUUGGCAUGCUAUCUCCUGCCUCACGAGGAGCUCUCCUGAGCGCCGUCAUCUUCACGUAUGUCUUUAUGGGGGCUGUUGCCGGCUACUUCUCAGGUCGUAUCUACAAGACAAUGCGUGGCUUCUACUGGAAAUCUACUGCUCUACUAACCGGUUUGCUCUACCCAGGCAUAAUUCUGGCAGUGUGCCUUUUCAUCAACAUCUUUCUCUGGGCAAAAGGAUCUUCAGCAGCCCUGCCCUUCACCACCAUUCUAAGUAUUCUCUCCCUCUGGCUUCUCGUCUCUCUUCCCCUCGUCUUCAUAGGCUUCUUUUUCGGGAUGCGCAAACGCCCCUACGAGCAACCAGUGCGCACCAAUCAGAUUCCUCGUGCCAUUCCUGAUCGUAAGAUGCAUCAGAACAUCUUUAUUACAACCAUGUUGUGUGGACUUCUGCCUUUCGGCAGCGUUUUUAUCGAGUUGUUCUUCAUUUUUAAUGCUCUCUGGAAUCGGCAGAUCUACUAUCUCUUUGGAUUUCUAUUUAUUGUCUUUGUCAUUCUCAUCAUCAGUUGUGCUCAGGUUGCUGUUGUGACGACCUACUUCCAGUUGUGCAGUGAGGACUACCACUGGUGGUGGCGAUCGUUCAUCACCUCCGGUGGAGCAGCAGCCUACCUAUUCCUCUACUCUAUCUACUACUUUGCAACGCGGUUGGAGAUCACAAGUUUUGUCUCGACGCUGCUUUAUUUCGGCUACUGCUCCAUUCUCACAGCGACAUUUUGGAUUCUCACAGGCACAAUCGGCUUUUUCUCGGCCUUCACCUUUUUGCAGAAGAUUUACGCGGCUAUUAAGAUUGACUAA